UUGUGGUGCUGGUGUUGCCAUUGCGUUCAUCACAUAUGAUUGUCAAAAUACUCAGUGGCAAUCCGUUUCGACGAAUAUGCGAAUUCGCUUAACGAAAAUAUGCGAGAAAAAAGAAAAAAAACAAGAAAACUUAUCACCAUCAUUCGUUCUUUGUGAAUUUUUAUUCCUAUAAAACAUUUUACAACAAUCGUAGAUCAGUUUUAGCGAUACUAUUAUGCUGUAACAUAUCAUCCAUCGGAUAUACAAAACGUCAAUUCAAUACAACAUUUAGUUGACUUUGUAUGAACAAUCAUCAUCAUUUCACAAUAAUCAAUCGGUUUUGCGUGAGAGUAGAAAAAGUGCCGCUCUGUUUAAUGUAAACUAUUCGAAGCUGUAGUGCAUGUUAAUUUUUGUAUUUACCCAAAUAGAUAUUUUUUUAUUGAAUUUCUCAUGAACAAAACGGGAGUAGUUUACGUUUGAAUUUCGGAAGUGAUAACAAAAACUACACAAAAUGACGAUGGAUCAAGAAAAUUCCGGCGAAGAACAAACGGAAUUCAAGAGUCGAGGAUAUCAAGAUGAGAUCCUAAAGGCAUGCAUUGAACGCAACACAAUAAUCUACCUGCCCACCGGCGCAGGAAAAACGUACAUCGCUAUUAUGGCCCUUAAGCAUUUUGCCAAAGAUUUGGAAAAACCGAUUUCGGAGGGAGGAAAACGGAGCGUAUUCCUUACAAAUACAGUUGCUUUGGCACAUCAACAAGCCGAAGUAAUUUCCAAGUCAACACCAUUAAAAGUGGCCGUAUACACCGGUGAUAUGAAUGUAGAUGCAUGGAAGCGCGACCAGUGGUCUAACGAGUUCGAACAGAAUCAAGUUAUCACUGCAACGGUUCAAAUCGUUCUCGAUAUUAUUCGGCAUGGAUAUUUGAGAAUCUCGGAUUUCAAUUUAAUUGUAUUCGAUGAAUGUCACCAUGCCCAGAAGGAACAUCCCAUGCUAAUGUUGAUGGAAAAGUUCAGGGAUUUGGAUGGAAAAGUUCCGGAAAAAGACCACCCACGCGUUAUUGGUCUGACCGGAAUGCUCACAACGUCAUCGAUUAAGCCACAGAAUGUUCUAGAAGAUUUGAGACGGCUGGAGAGUACAUUCCGUGGCACCAUAACCACUGCCAAAGGAGCCGCAUUCAACGAUGUACUCAUGUAUUCUACACGUCCAGUUGAAUCGGUACUCGCAUACAAUACCAAUUUUCCCGAUAACUUCCAACAUUUUCUAACGCAAAAAGUUGAAUUAAUGCUGGAACUGAUCAAAAAUUGGCCUUUGGACGUGACUCACGAAGUAAAACGAGAUUUUCGAAAAGAUAAACAACCGAAAACGCAAACGAAAUACGAAACAAUUUGCAAGGAGUUUAUGUUUCAAACGGGCAACCUGGGAUUAUACGGUGCCAUAUUGGCCAAUUUAGCAGCCAUUGUCGAUAUGGAAUUGAAAAAACGAGAAGCGGAUACAACUGCGUCCAAAUUGGUGUCUCGAGCUUUGAUCACAUCGUUUGAAGAAAUUCUGCACAUUCAAAUGCGCAAGGUGUACGAUGAUGAUGACGAUGAUGAAGAUAUGAAAACCGAUGAAAUCGAUGAGCAAACAGUAAAAGAAGAUCCGUCAACCAUUUUAACCAAUUCGUCGCAUCAGGUGCAACAGCUGUUGAUCUUUUUGAAAAAGUCGGCUGAAGAGCAUAAAAAUAGCGGCCGACCGAUGAAAGGAUUGAUUUUCGUUGAGAGGAGGUACACCGCUCGAAUUUUGUGUCACGUGGUGCGUCGAUAUGCGAAUUCAUAUCCGGACUUGAAUAUCCAUGUUGACUUUAUGACUGGACGAAAUGCCUUUAUGCCAGAUUCAGUGGAAACUCUGAUGGGCAAUAAGAACAACAACCGAGUUCUGGACAAAUUCAAACGCGAUGAAAUUAAUCUGAUAAUCGCCACCAGCGUCUUGGAGGAGGGGAUUGAUUUGCAAGAAUGCAAUUUGGUAAUUUGUUACGAUACACCAAAAACAUUCCGUUCUUAUGUGCAAACGAAAGGACGUGCAAGAAUGCAGCAAAGUCAAUAUGUGAUUAUGACAAAGGCGGCAGAAAAUAACAAACUCCAGAAAAAGGCCACCGAAUGGCAAGAAAUCAAUAGGAUUCUAAGAGAUUAUUUGGUGCACAAGGCCAUUGACCGACCACCACCACUGCAAGAUGACAUCGAAAAAGCCGUCGAGCAAAAGCAUAACGAAAAAUACACGACUAAAGAAGGUGCCACCGUAGAUUUUAACUCGGCCACAGCGUUGAUUAAUCGGUAUUGUGUGAGCCUACCAAGUGAUAUGUUCACUACUCCGGCGGUAGAGUGGAAAGAAAUACCGAACAAAAAUCAUUUCUCCUGUAGUAUUUACCUACCGAUGCAGUCAUCGUUAAAAGACUACAUAACGGGAAAAUUAAUGCCCACAUUGAAGUUGGCAAAGAGAAGUGCCGCAUUCGAGGCAAUCAAACAAUUGCAUAAAUCGGGUGAACUCACUGAUAAUUUGCUGCCAAUCAACAGGCAAAAGUGUUUGGAUCUGUACAAAGACGUUUAUUUCAAAUUGUGGGAUCAGUUUACAGGUGAUAACCCAAAAGAAGCUGGCACAAAGAAAAACUAUCGAAUGCAUGCUAUUCAAACUCCAACGGCUCUUUUCGAUAGUAUGCCAAAGGUGAAUAUACAGCUGUAUCUGUACGAAAUCGAAAUGGAGCCAAAAUUCGAAGUGGGCAAUGACACAUUCUUCGAUGCAAACGAUGAGAAUAUCAAAAUAUUCCAUCAACUUUUGCAAUCAUCGCGAAGCUAUGGCAUUUUAACAACAAAACCAUUGCCACGAAUGGGUUUGAUGAAAUACUUCCAAUCAUUCGGUCAAAUCGUAUGCUCAGUUAGCUUUGAACCCAAGCUAGUUACUCUAGGUAAACCAGAAAAAUUAGCGGAACUCAAGCGUUUCCAUUGUAUUUUGUUCCGUAAUGUUUUGGACGUUUGGAAGGAGUUCUUCGUGUAUGAUCACAAGGAUUCAGUUGUGGUUGUUCCAACAAAAAAUCAUCAAAUCGACUGGAAUAUCGUUGAAAAGUUCCAAAGUUGGUCGGAAUUACAGGGAAAAACCGUUGCAGAUCGUAUGAAUUGCGUAUAUAGGGAGGAAGAUUGGUUGUACAGCGUGAUUUGUCCAUGGUAUCGAGCCGAUAAAACCAUUCGAUAUGUUGUGACACAGGUGUCAUCGCAUCAAACUCCGCUCAGCCCAUUCCCAAAUGAUGAAUUUGAUAAUUAUGCCCAUUAUGCACUGAGCAAGUAUCCCGACAUUACCAAAGUGGUGAACGGUGACCAAUUUUUAAUUGGUGUUAAACCAAUAACAACUCAUUUGAAUCGAUUGCAUGCUGGUGAUGGUGAAGAUGGUCGUCGAAAUGCACGACCUCGACCACGAGGACCGGAAUUUUUGAUCCCCGAAUUGUGCCACAAUUUCCGCUAUCCGGGCGAUCUUUGGUUGAAAGCAAUUAAUAUGCCAAGUAUCCUGCAUCGUAUCACGUACAUUUUGCAUGCUGAAAAUCUGCGUGUCACCAUUAACAAUUAUGUUGGUCUGCGAAUCAUCGAUUACAAGCCGAGUCCGUUGAUUGAGAAAAUGGCCAAAAAUAAAACUGGAUAUGCCAAAGCUGCAAUUCAAAAUUCGAUCGUACAUCCACGAACCGAUGAAAGCCAGGCGAAACUCUUAAAAGCUGGUGAUGUUGCCCGAUUUGAUGCUGACACAGCCAUUUUGGGAUCCGAAAUUCAAGAGCCCGUGGAUCUUGAAAGACAUUUCGAUAAUGUUUAUGAAGUCGACAUUGACUAUUUUUAUCAGUACAUGAAUCGUGCUCUCAAUGGUCUUUCAUUGGAUAGCAAAAAUCACAACAACAAUUUGCUCUCACCGCAUCGUUUCCACACCAAUGUGCCGGCUUUGUGUGAUGCUCCUGCAGAGGAUAAAUUACACAUUAAUAUUCUGGAUAGAAAGCUAUCGACACCAAAUUCUCGUGGCGUUGAGCAGCACGAAAUACUGGCGGCACUUACAAGUGCUUCAUCGGGCGAUGUAUUCCAUAUGGAAUUGUUUGAGGUAUUGGGUGACGCUUUCUUAAAAUUCGCCACAUCUCUGUACUUGAUCCAGAAGCACACUGAUUGGCACGAAGGUUUCUUGACCGCAAUCAAAGGUCAAAUUGUAGGCAAUCGCAAUCUUUGCUAUGCGGCCAUCCAUCACAAUUUGCCAGGAAUGAUUAAAAUUCACAACUUUAAUCCGAAAGACGAUUGGCAGCCGCCAAUGUUCAAAGUUGAAGACCGCAUACAGGAAUACAUGAAGGAUUACAACGUAACACCUGAUUUGCUAUAUAAGCUAGCGCUAUCAAAUGUUGAGCUUGAAAAUGGUGAGGUAUCGGAUGUUUCUUUGGCAUCUUAUGUGCAACGAUUCAUGGAUGAUGGCGCUGAGGGUGGUGAACUUUCCACAAUGCAAAACUUUCUCGGAAAGCAACGAGUGUCGGACAAAACAUGUGCCGAUUGUGUCGAAGCCAUCCUUGGAACAUGUGUCAAAUCGAUUGGUGUUGAAAGAACCUUCAAAGUGUUGGAAAUGAUGGGCAUUUUACCGCGCGGCGAUAGGGAUAUAACCAGAAUGUUGGAAACAAAACUUUCUUCACCUCGUCUUCGUACGAAAAUUCUCGAAUAUGACGUUGAUUACUUUUUGGCCAAUCAUCAGAAGCUGGAGAAAUCGAUCGGAUACACAUUCAAAGAUCGUGCAUAUUUAUUGCAGGCAUUGACCCAUCCGUCGUAUCCAACGAACCGCGUCACUGGUUGUUAUCAACAACUUGAAUUUUUGGGCGAUGCUGUUCUCGAUUUCUUAAUCACAGCAUACAUUUUUGAACGUUGUCCGCACAUGGAUCCUGGCCAAUUAACGGAUUUGCGAUCAGCUCUAGUGAACAACGUUACGCUGGCCUGUUUAUGCGUAAGAUACGACAUUCACGGUCACAUUUUAUCGCAAAACGCCGUUUUGACAGAGUCAGUCAAUCGAUUCGUUGACUUUCAACGCAAGCAUAAUCACGAAGUUGCCGAUCACGUUGAGCUUCUGAUGGAAGAAAAAGAUGUUCAAUGCCAAAUGGCCGAUUAUAUUGAUGUGCCAAAGACUUUGGGUGAUGUUUUCGAAGCAAUUAUCGGUGGCAUAUUCUUGGACAGUGGAAAUGAUCUUGAGGUUACAUGGAAAGUUAUUUAUCGGCUGAUGGAGAAGGAACUGGACAAAUUCAUGGCCAAAGUACCGAUUCAAAUGGUUCGGCAGCUGUACGAAUAUCCGAACGCAAAUCCGGAAUUCGAUGAUCCAGUGGUCGAUGAGGAGUUGGACAUUGUGUUGGUUAAUGUUCGUUUCACGUGCAAUGGUGAAAUUUUGUUAGUGCACGGCUUCGGUACCAACAAAGAGAAUGCCAAACGAGCUGGAGCUAAGUUGGCGCUAUCGAAAUUGACUAGAUGUUAAGAUAAGAAAAAAACAACGCACAAUUUCAUGGGUGAAAUUGAGAGUGGUGUAUGUUUCACAGACUUUGUAUUGGAAUAAGUAGAGUAUGUUUUAAAGUUCAAUUUCAAGUGGUGAGCAAAUCUUGAAAUAAUUUAUUUAUUUCAACAGAUGAACGAUGAAAGUCUUCUGUAAAAGUUGUGUACAAGACCAAUAAUUCUUGCAAAGAUACGGUAUUUCUUGUCAUUAAAAUGAAAAUCGCCCAAAAAACCACGAGUGAAACAUACUUUAGCAACAUAAAAAUUGUCAAGAAAUAUGCACUACCCUCAAUCUCAUCCAUGGAACUAUGAAAUAUGUAAACGAAAACAUAUGUGAUUUAUGAAAGAAAAUAUUCUAUUUGAUUUCCUUUAUUUUGUUCGAAGUCGAAUUAAAAUUCCAUUAUAUAUUUACCUUUUUUUUCUCAUCAAGUUACAAAAAAUAAAGCUACAUACUCAAUUUGACUUUAACUUUGUCAAGAGAAAAGAGUAUCAUUAUCUGAAAACGAAAAAAAAAAUCCAAAUCAAUUUCGUAUGAAUUUUAUAUAUUUUUCAUGUUUGUAUCCCGAUUUCCUUUAUUAAAUGAUUUCAUAUAUUCGCAUAUUACAAAUUUAAUUAUAUUGAAAGUCGCCUUAAAAAUAUGUUAAGUGAUGCUAAUUGCUUGUGAAAGGCAAUAAUCAUAUUGAUUUUAUUAUUCAUUAAAGUUGAUAUUAUUUUUGCGGGUAAUUAA